AUGUCUAAGUUCGGUGUGCUUGUCACUGGCCCUGCCGGUGCAGGCAAAACCACCUUCUGCACCGCCCUCAUAACCCAUCUACACCACAGCCGCCGCUCCGCCUUCUACGUCAACCUCGACCCGGCCGCCACGGACCUCAGCUACACCCCAGAUCUGGACAUUCGGGACCUGAUCUCGCUCGAGGAUGUCAUGGAAGAGCCGCUUUCUCUGGGCCCCAACGGCGGAUUGAUCUACUGCUUUGAAUUCCUUUUGCAGAAUCUCGACUGGCUCGCCGAGGCGAUCGACCCUCUGACGGAAGAGUACCUGAUCAUAUUCGAUCUCCCAGGCCAGAUCGAACUGUACACCCACAUCCCCCUGCUGCCGGAGCUGGUCAAGUACCUCUCGCGCAUGGGGCCCCUGAACAUCUCCCUGUGCGCGGCAUACCUCCUCGAGGCGACCUUUGUGGUUGACAAGGCCAAGUUCUUCGCGGGCACCCUCUCCGCCAUGAGCGCCAUGAUCAUGCUGGAACUGCCUCACGUCAACAUUCUCUCCAAAAUGGACCUGGUCAAGGACCAAGUACCCAAGCGCGAGCUGCGACGCUUCAUCGAUCCAGACGCCAACCUCCUCGACCAGGAGGACACGGGCCGCGAUCUCCUGCCGAGCAAUGCCAGCGCCGGCUCCGGCUUCGUUGGCCCCACCGGGUCCGGUGUCGUUGGAGCACCCGAGUACACGGCAAUGGACGUCCGCAACGUGCACGAAGUCGACAGCAUCAUGUCCGGGGGCUCGUUCAAGCAGCUCAACCGCGCUGUCGCUCGCCUGAUUGACGAUUUCAGCAUGGUCUCAUUUCUACAGCUGGACGUCAACGACGAGGAAAGUGUCGGUGACGUGCUAAGUUAUAUCGACGAUGCCAUUCAAUUCCACGAGGCCCAGGAACCCAGAGACCCCAAGGAGCCCGAACCGGAAGACGCCCCCUGGGAGGACUGA